AUGUUAGACGGGCUGUUUGGCCGAGUCACUGCCGAACGUUCAUGCAAACACAUACAUUCACAUAGACACACACACACACACAAACACACACACACACACACACACACUCGCAUACAUACCUCGGUGCUUUACCUUUACCGCGGGGGAAGAAAAAUGGUAUUUUUAACAAUUGCAGUCCCUUUCUCUGGAUGGCUUCCUUGUGCUGAUAUUUGGGAUAUAUGUGAGAAAAAGACGAGUUGGAAAAAAAAAGAAGAUGGAAGAACAAAAGAAAUAAUAUUGAAAACAAAAUUAGAAAAGAGAAAAAUUAAGGAGAAGAAGAAGAGGAAGGGGAAAAAACACUACAUACAGAAUGAACACGUCGUAUACAGAAUUAUGUGUAUGAUAAAUGAUUGCAACUUGAUAUUAAGGGACUGUCGUUAUUGUCGGCUCAUCAACAAUAUUGAGCGCUAUACAAAGGUUGAUCAUAAACUUCUUUAUCAGGUUGACCAUAAUCAAGCUUGUAACGUUGGCCAUUUUACUGAUUAA